AUGGAUGAUAAGAGGCUGAGAACAGAUGAUGCGAAGGAAAGGAGGGUUUUCAGCUGUCAGUACUGCGACAGAAUAUUCCCCAGCAAACAAGCAUUAAAUGGUCAUCAAAGCAGACACAAAAAGGAGAGGGAUGCAGCCAAGAGAGCAAAAAAGAAAGUGCCAUUGUUUCCGGCACUCGCUGCUCUAAAUCUUGAUAAGCUGUUCCGACAUGCUUCUGCUUCCUCCAACAACAGAAGAAAGCACGAUUACUCCCAUGAAGCAUUCCCAGCAAAAGGGCUUGCAGAUUACGAUCCCACUCUAAGAUUUGAAGUGGCACCAGCGAUGCAAGCACCCAUGGGAGGCUCCUCGUCCCUGAAGGCCACUUCUGAUGGGAAGAAUGGCACGGCCGGAGACGAAGAUGAACUCGACCUUACUCUUCAUCUUUGA